GUAAGACAUCGAUUCUAUCCUGUCGAGAUGCCCCGUGAAGAUUAUACCGCGUGUGUAUUUAUGCUCUCGAAAUGCUGGGAUAUAAGUUUUAUGAUAUUGAUGGGAGUUUCGGUCCUACCAAUUUUCAACAAAUUACUGCUGGACUUCAGAAUAAGGGGAAAGAAAUAUAUGCUGAAUCUUUGCAAAAUGUUAUGGUAUUAGAUACGGAAAAUGAAAAUAAUACUACUACCCCUAAUGACAAGAAGUGUGAUGAAAAUACAAAUUCGGAUGAUUCCUCUGAUAUAGCAGAAAGAAAUUGUGAACAAAUACGGACAUUUUCAGCAGGCUUGAAAAAGCUUUUGGAUCUCGAAUAUGACCGACUUCGAAGUCAGGUAGAACAAACAAUGCAAUGUGAUGAUGUUCGUAUUGUUGAUGUGAACCUGGAUGGGUCACAAGAAAAAAAUGGCUCUGAGGAUAGGUUGAAAAUAUUUAUACGCAAAGAGAAAGAAAAAUUAAAAACCGAAGCUAGUACUCUUAAAUCUUUUCGUCAUUUGGUGGAAAAAAGCACGUUAAAAAUGAAUCCAGAUGUUUUCAGACAGUAUGAGAGAGUAUUUAUUGGUAGUAAUAAAUAAGUCAGCUGUAAUUUAUACAUAAGUGAUAUUAGUCGGUUAGUUUAAUACGAGUUUCAUGUAUUAUAUUGGUUACAGAAUACAUGUACUAACCCAUAUA